AUGGAUAGUUUGAAGAUUGAUAUGAAGAAAUGCCUGAGUUAUGAGCAUGGAUCCCAGAAAGGUGGAGAAGAAACUGAGCAAAUUCACAUGCCAAAUAGUGAUGAUAAAAUUGCUGGCACUAUUUCUUCUAGAAAUGAAAACCCACCAAUGUUUCAACAGACAUACAAAAGGCUUCGCUAUUGCGACCUUCCAGUGGCAGCAUUUCACUGUGGUAUCUCUCCUUCAAAAGCGGCACUUUUGGGAGGAGCUGCAAAUCGGAUGGGCCCGCAACAAUGCCUUACGUGUGUGCGCUUCUUCGCUAAACUCGAAGACUCGCUAGAACAGCGGGGCCACACUUUGACGUGGCACCUUCUAAUUGUUUCAGGGCCCUCUAUAUAUUAUCACGUUGGAAGGGAAGAGGACCAAAGUGCACUGACCAACGACGCCAACUCAACAGUCACAGACCAGACCAGACCAGACCUCCGCCGUAUACCGCCGACUGUGGAAGGCUGGCUAUCACGACUGGCUAAAGGUUGGCGGCAAGGAGUGGCCGUGAGUGGUCAGAGUUGCAGUGGCAAAGGUUUGUUCAGGGACAAUGGUAGGGUGGAGAGGAAAAAAAGAUGGAUGCGGGCUAGAGUUUCAGUGAGGGAAGUCGUUGCCAGCUAUGGUCUAUGA